GGGAUGGAGAGCGGCGGCGCAGAAGCCAUCGGGUCGGCCGGCGACGGUUCUCCGACCGAAGGGAAGAGGGUGACGAAGAGCUAUGGUGCAAAAGCGAUCGGGCGGGCGACUGCUCCGCGGAACAGGGUGGGCGGCGACGGGGCUCCAAUCGAAGCCAAGAGGACGCCAAGGAGCGGCGGCGCGAAAUCGGCCGCAUCUUCGACGGAUCUGCCUCCGCUCAGGAGCAGGGUAGCCUCGCGCGCUCCCGGUGCUCCUGUCCAAGACAAGAGGAGGACCAAGAGUAGCGGCGCACAUGCAGUCGCAUCGUUGACGGCUCUGCCUCCACCUCCGCGCCAGGGCAGAGUGUCCGCUCCAAUCGAAGAGAAGAAGAGGACCAAGAGUGGCGGCGCACAACCGGCUGCAUCGCCGCUGGCUCCACCUACGCGCCAGAACAGAAUAGCCUUGCGCGCUGACGGGGCUCUGAUGGAAGAGAAGAGGAGGACGAAGAGCGCCGGUACACAUGUGGCUGCUUUGUUGGCUCCACCGUCGCGUCAGAGCAGAGUAGCCUUGCGCGCCGUCACGGCUCCAAACGAAGAGAAGAUGAUACCCAAGAGCGGCAGCACACAAGUGGACGCAUCAUCCACGGCUCCGCCCCGGCGUCAGAACAGAGCAACCUUGUCCUGCAACAUAACCAAGAGUGGCGGCGCACAAUCGGUCACAUCGCCAACACCUAUGCCUCCGCGACGGGGCAGAGUAGCCUUGCGCGCCAACGGAUUUCCUGUGGAUGGAGUACCACGUGCCGAUGUCAUGGAAAACUACACUCAUCGCGACGGAUCCAUCUACAGAAGCACUGAUUCCUUGGCGAAACUUUAUCGUCUCCAUGAUACCAGUGAGACUAGCCUGGAGCCAAUGAUGAGGUUGGAGCCAACGGAGUAUUGCUCGACAAACUGGAGGUCCUGUGAAACCCACCGUCCUUCCACCAUGAUGCAAAUAUUCUCACUCAAGCUGGCAUAUCCUCCUCCAGCUGGUGACAAAGUUCAGGUUUACGGAUUCAUGGCUGUCCGUGACACUCUGGACCCUCUCCGUAACUACGUCUUCAACCGCAGCAGGGAUGAUCCUUUCAUCGUGGAACAAGAGGAUGGACUUAUUCAAAUGUCUGGGCCCAAGAGAGGCAUCUGGUGGCACGACAUGGCGCUAGUCGAGUUUGACAUGCGGAUCAAGAGAGGUGAUGAUGAAGAGGACGAUCUGCAGCUCAUCGAUGGUGCGGUCUGGUUCAAUGACCGGACCUCGACACCCUCUAGAGUGGCCACGAAACGCAUCGAGGGCGACUACGGCUCAGUGGACAUAUGCUACGCGCUCCUGCACAGCGCGAUGGAGGCCACUGUGCAGAUUGCGGUGGCGGACCUGCUAGGCGGCUUCAGCCUCUAUGCCACCGCAUUUUAUAUCAGUGAUCUGGUGCACCAGGAGAUGCAGCUGUUUGAUGGCGUCAUCCCUGGUCCUGAUGGUUGUCAGAUAUAUAAGCUAGCUAAGUGUGUGGUUGGUAGUGGUAGUGAGACAGAGGAUGAAGCAUAUACGAAUUUGGUUUCUUCUGGUGGUUGUCGGAGAUAUGAGCAAGAAAAAUGUGCGGUUGCUGCUGGUGACGGUGGUCAGAGUUAUGAGGUAGGUAAGUAUGUGAUUGCUUUUCCCAGGUCCGCUAAGUUGGCUCUGAAGCUGAAGAUCUGUCAGAGCGGAGGCCCUUCGGAUUGUGAUGAAGUUGUGAGAUUCUAUAUCAGUCCAGCUAGCACGCAUGGAAGUGACACCUUCACUUUUGACCUAGGCUUCGCGGCCAUGCAUGUGAAGAUCUCCUGGUCGACAUUGCCCCGGCCUCGGCUAUUGUUUGGCCGCAGUCUUAGGUGGGUAUGCGAUGAGGAGAAGGCAGGCUGAGUUUAUAUAGUACAAUUACAUACUCCCUCCUAUCCUAUUCAUAGUAAGUGUCGGGGAUUUAGUUUAAAUAUUGACUAACUGGAACUAAAGUCUGACACUUACUAUGGAUAGGAGGGAGUAAUGUACUGCCACUUUGUUUAUGUCAGACUACCUGUCGUGCACUUAAUUAAGGGUCGUGCACUUAAUUCGGCUGCAGGGUUAUGCUGCCGAAUUUACAUUUGUGUAUGUGAAAGAACACUUUGUGGUGUCUUAAUUAAUAUGCAUGUACUCUAUUUGCU